AUGGCCCGAUCCGCCACAACCGUCAUUAUUGGAGCAGGUAUCAACGGGUUAGCCACAGCCUUUUACCUGGCGAGCGCUUGCAAGACCGGAGAAACUAUUGUCAUCGUCGAGACAUCUCCAGAUGUCGUGAGUUCUGCGUCUGGAAAGGCUAACGGUGUCUUGUCGGAUUACGGUCGUAUAGCUCCUACUGCUGAGCUGGCCCAUCUAUCAUGGAAGCUGCACCAGCAACUUGCGAUAACGUAUGAAGGCGCCAUCAGAUGGGGAUACGCAAAAACCGUGAGGCAUAAGUUGUUGAGUGCGAGGGACCCAGUGCCUGAGUUUCACGCCCAGUACCCUUUGCCAGAAUGGAUCCGCAGGCGAGACCAGUAUUGCCAGGUGACCAUGGAACGCUCUCGGCUGAUCGAUCUAAGGGACACGCGCAAGUUUAUCGAAUUUCUCCGUCAGAAAUGCGAAGAGUUUGGUGUCAAGAUGCUUUUUGAGUCGGAGGUUCACCGUGUGCACACUGAACAAGAAGAGCUGACAGGAGUCACAAUCAAGCACAACGACGAGCUCCGCGAAGUCGAGUGCGCUACCCUCGUGAUAGCGGCAGGAUCAUGGAGUGGCAGAGUCCUUGAGAAGUUGUUCCCCUCGUCUAGUUUCCAGCUCGAAUUUGAGGCGAGUGAUCGAUCCGCAGGUAACUGGCUGAUUCUGAAGGCCCCGCGCCCUUCGAACACCGAGUAUUGCCACCAAGUGUAUGUCGAAAACGUCGCUGGAGCGCCAGUAGAAAUAUCCGAUUAUCGAGACGGACGACUCUACGUAGGCGGCUACGUUGGCGAUACCGAAAUCAUGCCUGCAACAGCGGUAGAGGUAAUACCUCAAGCCGCGUCGAUCGCCGUCAUGAAGGAAAUCGCUUCACAAUUCGUAGAUAUCGAUGAUAUCGAGCUGGCAGUAUUGGAAACCGGACGCUGUUAUCGACCGAUCCUGGCUGAGGGUAGGCCAAUCAUUGCAAAAAUCCCAAUGCGCACUUUGAUGGGGAAGCUCUCUAAUGCAGCACGAGAGCCGUAUAUGCCAGGCGGUGUUUAUGUCAAUACGGGACAAGGUACAAGCGGAAUCUGCAUGGGUCCUGGCAGUGGAUUGGUCAUGAGCGAGCUCAUCCGCGGGCUGCAGCCUUCAGCCGAUGUCAGUGGCUUGAACUUGCCCGCGUGA